GGCCGGGGGCCCGGCAUGGGCGGCCGCUACCCCCUCCGGCAUAAAAGAGCCGGGGCGGGCACGGGCCGCAGCGUGGGCAGCGCUCGCAGCCCCAGCACCGCUGCUGCCAUGGGGACCAGCGGCUGCUGCCUCCUGCUCGCCCUGGCGCUGCUCUCUCUGCGCUCCGCCGUUGCCAGGAAGUGCAACCUGCAGGGCUUGUGGAGGAACGAGCUGGGCUCCAACAUGACCCUCCUGGCCCUGGACGCAGCUGGAACCUUCUCGGGCUCCUAUCACACUGCUGUAGCAGCCACCAACAAGCAGAUCCUGGUGUCACCGCUGCAAGGGGUCCUGCAGCACUCCAGUAGCAAGGGGCAGCCCACCUUCGGCUUCACUGUGCAGUGGCAGUUCGCAGACUCCAUCACUGUGUUCACGGGCCAGUGCUUUGUGGAUAAGAAAGGAAAGGAGGUCUUGAAGACGAUGUGGCUCCUGCGGUCGCAUGAGUACAGCAUCGAGGACGACUGGAAAGCCACCAUGGUCGGCACCAACAACUUCACCCGCCCGAGCGUGCAGAAAGAGUGAGGGAGGCAGCAUGGGGGUUCCUGAGCUGUCUGCAGCCCUGGGGUGCCUGCGUCCCUGGUCCCCCAUUUGCAUCUCCCAAUAAAGUUUUGUUGCAAGCA